UUGGCCAACACGAAUACGGGCGAGCGAAAUCGUUGCCCUUCUAGCGCCAGCUCACCUGGCAUUUGCAUGCACUGUGCUGUGAAACGAGUGCCGUGUGCGUGACAUUCUCGCUCUUGGUCGCGCGCCACACAGCACGGCAAGUCUGUGAAUGUACACAACGCCAGAAGAAGGGUGGCUUCAGCUCCGCUAGCGACGAUUAACCCGGACGCGUAGCGGUAAGCGGACGCGGACACAGUGACGCGCGGAUCGCACACAAAUGGACUCGUGCGGGAAGGUGGCCUUCGAGGGCAAGCUGUUCGUGCAGACAAUCGACGCGCGCGAUGAGAACGAGGAAAAGUAUAUGCGGGCGUACCGCUCGUUCGAGGAAACGACGGCGGGUCUCAGCGAUAAGGACUUUCACGACCUGCUGUCCUCGCUGGUCAGCAAGGAGAAGCAGCACGAGGAAAUCUCGCUCGCCCUCGUCUAUAUCAUACUGACCGACCCGAACGGUGCACCAAAGAUGUACCGCGAUCUGACGCUGCUGACCCGGGACGGGCUCGGGUUCGUGACGGCCAAUCUGGCAAUGCUGGUUGCGGAGAAAUACCAUAAGCUGACGGACGUUGGGCGUAAGCAGUUGCUUUGGUUGCUGCGCGAGCUGAUAAAAAACCAGGUGCUGAACGUGGACAAUCUGGCGUGGAACAUUCUGCGCCAGGCAAGCGGUGGCGACAUUAGCCCGAAGAACAUUGCAUUGAUCGAGGGUUUGCUGGACAUUUUCACGGAGCACCGGGCGUGGCUAGAAAAGGAUCAGUUUCUGAUCGGUACGGUGGCGUACACGUUCGUUCGGCUCAUCGAGGACCACUGUGGGCCACAGUUUGUGCAUCUACGCAACAGGGAAGUGAAGUUUGUAAUCUCUUUGAUACGGGACCGCUUCAUGGACAUCAUUCCGCUCGGGCGGGAAUUCGUGCGGUUGCUGCAAAACGUGGGCCGGCUACCGGAGUUCGAUCAGCUGUGGAAGGACAUGCUGUACAACCCGAAAUCGCUUUGCCCCUCGUUCAACGGUGUGUGGCAGUUGUUGCAGACACGCACAAGCCGGCGAUUUCUGCGGGGCCGCAUCACCCCGGACAUCGAGCGCAAGAUACACUUUCUCACGAGCAACGUCAAGUUCGGCAAUCAAAAGCGCUACCAGGAUUGGUUUCAGGAGCGGUACUUCAACACGCCCGAAUCGCAGAGUUUGCGGUGCGAUCUGAUACGGUUCAUUAUCAGUGCGAUUCAUCCGACGAACGAUAUGCUCUGUUCGGACAUUAUUCCACGCUGGGCCAUCAUCGGGUGGCUGUUGACGUCGUGCACGAAUGCGGUUACGCUGGCUAAUGCGAAGCUGGCCCUGUUUUACGAUUGGCUGUUCUUCGACCCGGCCAAAGACAACAUCAUGAACGUGGAACCGGGUAUACUGGUGAUGUACCAUUCGAUCAAGAACCAUCCGCUCGUUAGCUGCACACUGUUGGAUUUCCUCUGUCGUAUCAUGAAAAACUUUUACCCGAAGUGGGAGGAUCGCAUUCGGACCGGUAUUUACAACUCCCUGCGUAAGAUCCUCGAGAUGAAGGUGAUCCCGAAUCUGGUGCCGUUGUUUGAAUCGCCCAAGCUGGACCGUGAUCUGAAGGCAAUGUUGCGGGAAAACUUCCGUGAGUUUUGUGUACCGCCGAACAGUAUGUACGGUAUGCAUCCACCCCAGCCCGGUAUGGAGACGCAGAUGAUGAUGCACUAUCCCGGUGAACCGGUGGAACAUCCACCACCCCAUCUAAUGCAUCCACCCGUGCAUACGGUUCACCCUAGCCAGACCGAUAUGACACAGGUAAAUCGAAUGGAUCCCUCACGGAAAGCACACGACAGUGGAGGAGGUGGCGGCGGCGGCGGUGGUGGUGGAGGCGGAGGAGUAGGAGUAGGGGCCGGUUGGCUCGCCUUAAGAGGACCUAUGGCAACUGGUACCGGAACGAUGCCUAUUACACAGGGAGUGUUGCGAGGUGGUCCUCCCAGUGGACCCGGACCGAUGGUCGGUCCAGGUGGACCCGGAAGUGUUCCGAGCGGAAUACAUGUUGGUGGUGGUGGGCCGGGUGGUGCAGCCAGCGGUGGUGGUGGAACUUUUGCCAAACCUUCAGAAACGCCUCGAUCAGCGGAUAGUGUAGGCACAGCGGACGAUCCCAAAUUUAGUGACGAUGAAGAUGACGCAUCGAAAGCCACUGCAACGACGGCUACGAAAACGGAGGACGUGUCGGAUGAUGAUGAUCUGCCGCUGGCAAAGGUACGACUGCUGGAGAAGCCGGCCAUCGCGAAGGUAGCCCUGCCGGACACAUUGAACGGCCAUCUGGAAGAGUUUCUGCGUGAGAAAAGCGUCAAGUCGUUCGAGCCGCUGUUACAAAGUCUGGGCAGCUGCGGGAAGGCGGCACUCAACCUCGAGCAGGAAAACUACCUCACGGAGAGUGUGAUAUCGGUGAUCAAGCAGACACUGCCGGACAAGAGCUACUUCCCCACGUCGAAGACGGACGAGAAUUUGUCCGAAAGCAUCAACUACCCACUGUUUGCGGCCUACCGGAUACUGUACCAGCAGGAGGAAUCGUGUAAAAAGCGCAUCAUGGCGCUGCUGGUCGCUAUCGUGACGCGCAUCAAUGUGGCCGGUUACAUGCUGCUGUUCUUCCUGAAGGUGCACGGGAAGCUGCAGAGCCGGCGGAAAGAGAACGCCGGCAGCACCGCAUUCAAGUCGUCCGUGUACGGUGUGCUGUGUGAUGCGCUCGAAUCGGACGAUUCCGUGGACGACUACAUCGAGAAGGAUCUCAAUCUGCUCGAGAAGCACAACACGCAGAUGUUCCUGUGGAUCCUGCCGGACAUGUACCGGGAGUUCAAGCAGACCAUGCUCAACAACACGACCGUGCUGCGGCUGCUGGUGGGCUGCAUCGAUGCGAGCAAUCUGGGCGACAUCAUCUACAGCAUCACACAGGGCAAGCUGAUCCUGUUCGACGAGGAAGGCAUCGUGGAAAUUCUGCGCAAGAGCCUCGAGUACGAAACGUUCGAGCAGGUGUGCAUCUGGCAGCUGGUACAGGCCCACGACAUCCCACUCGAAACGUUCCAGGAGAUAAUCCCCGAGCUGGAGUCCGGUGCACAUGCGGAGGCGCUGACCGCCAUUCUGCUGCUGCUCCGCGCCGAGAAACCGACCACCGAGCUUGUCCGGUUGCUGCUAAGCCGCGAGACGGAAACGAAACACCGGGGCGACCCGUUCGUAACCUCGGUCCUCCGCUACUGGUGCCAGGAGUUUGAGGAAAAGCUGUCCGAGCUGAUAGCGGCCCUGCUCACCUCGAAGUAUCCCUCCAACUCGCCGAACAAACGCAAGCGGCCCUCGAAGAGCGCGCAACAAAAUACGGCCCCCACCUCGGAGCAGUUACUGAACCAUCUGGAACAUUUUAGGCGCAGCUGCAGGCACGGGAACGGUACCGGCACCGGACUGUUUGUACAGAACGACAUGCAGCGUGCCCUGCAGCAAGCAUUCGCUCACAGUUCCGAAAGUCAACGGAAGCAGUUUAGCGAUCUGUUUGCACUGGCAGCCGAAGACGAAACCUCCACCACGGUUGGCCGGCGGGGUACGAGCAGUCGCGGUCGAAAAGCACCCUCGAACAAGAAGGAGACGGCGGCGGAGAAGGCGGCAGCUGCGGCCGCCGCAGCACAUGCCAACAACAGCAAGAAGGCGGCGGAAGCGUCCGGCCACUUCAGUGACGACUCGAGCGACGAAGACUGGUCCAAGCAGAAAGCCUCGAAGCGAAGGAAAACGCUAAGCGAUUCCGAUUGACACCGUUCGGCGGUGGAACAACUGGUUCGGCGCGCGACGAUGGCGUCCCUCCCGUUGGUGGUGCGCCUGGCGAUGGGAGGUAAUUGUGUACAGUUUGCCGCGGCUCUAUUGCCCAAUGCCAUCCAAUGGACACAUCCGCGUUGGUGGUGGUGGCACAGCGAUCAGUACUUUUGUUUUUAGAAGCAGGGAACGUUAACCGAUCCGCGAUCAGUUUAGGGGAAGAUGGGGAGGGAGGGAGUAGGUCACACGCUCGUACGCACCCACCUGGUCCAACCCGGUCUGUCUUUCCUUCUUUUUCCCUUCCAGAUGUAGGGCAUCUUUGCAAGAUAAUGGUGGACACUCUCUGCUCGCCUAAACCAACAGGGUAUAAGGUCGGUUUUUUAAAGCUGGUUCGGUUGGUUGUAACCGGACGCGGGAAUUUUCGAAGUCAUUUUGUUUGUACUUCGUGAGUUUUCUUUUAAUCUUGUUUAGCCGAACCGCUCGUUUGCUAUGCUAAACGAACGGUUGUACUGGAAUUGUGAACCUGAGAUGCAAUGUUGUACAAUAUCUUUUAUAAAUAGUUAUCAGUAUCGAUUAGAAUCGUUCCACGACCUCUCGCUGGUCGUAAUGGGUACGAAGAUACGGGAGGGUUUUCUUCGUGAUAUUCAAUAUGUAUUUGUAUAUGGCCUCUGUAUGUGUUUUUUAAAUUAUGCAUAGUUUGUUUUUUUAACAUGUUUUGCGCCAAUGCGUGUUUGAACACGGUGGGGCACGACUUCAACUCAACAAUUAUGGUCAAAAUCAGAACCCGGAGAAGAAGGUUGAUCGACAUCACACUGCGAUACACUGGGUUGGGAAGACUUGGAGACGACUGGUGCUGGUGGUGGUUGUGGUGACGGGGAAGAGAGCGUCGAGUAAGCGAAGGACUCAUUUUAAUGGAUCAUCCAUGUCGUUGGGAAAAAGGAUGGUAGAAAUUCUUCCCCGUGUGGUGUAAUUGUCACAUAAUCAAAAUCCGGGCUCCUCGCGUAGGUCUUUGCCAGACGAAGCUAAUGACGGUGGGUGGCCCUCACGAGCACGAUCCUUUAUUCGGCAGGAUAAAAGAGUAAACCGGAUGUGCAUCCCCAACCAUCUACUCCGGAAUGUCUGGGUGGGAGCAGUAGGAAAAGGGAAAAGCACGGCUACAAAAGAAUAUACACACUUAGAAAUUGCGUAAAAUAUGUAAUAGUAUUUCUAAAAAAAUGUUUAUAGAUUAAAUAAAGCGAACAUUGA